GGGCGGGGCUGGCGCCAGGCGCUGGAGCUGAGGGCGCACGGCUAGGAGUAGCGAGCGAGCAGCUGAAGCCGAGUUGGAAGGAAGCAGCGGCCGCGGCGAGGACCGCUGUGCAGCCGAAGAGCCGGGACAGCGAAGCGCCGGCGGGUCGCAGCGGGAUCGCAGGCGCCUGGGAGCCGUGACCCUGAGAGGACGCUGAAGCUCAGGCCCGGGCAGAGGAAGGAAGCGAGCCGCCCCGGAGGUGAAGCUGUGAGUGGAGUGUCAGUAAAAUCAGACGACAGAUGGACAGUGUGACAAGAACGUCAGAGAGGAUUGGGCCUCGCUGUGAGAGUCAGCCUGGAGUCAAGGUGUUGACAAGUCGCUGAAAAGGAGACCGGGGAGGCUCACAGAGAGCGAAGAGCCGUGUCUUCAGUCACACCAUUGAUGGAGGACAGAUGGACAGCCGGAUGGCCAGUCCCCUCUCUUAAACCUUUGGAUAGUGGCCCUUCGUCUUCUGCUGGCCACCUGUUAGGGGUUUUAGCCCAUUCUCUGAACUCACUCUCCCUCCAGACGUAAAGUCAGACUGCGGUGUCCGAGCAGACUCCUCUGUGGCAGGGUGAUCGAGCUCAAACAUGAGUGCCGAGGGCUACCAGUACAGAGCCCUGUAUGACUACAAGAAAGAGCGAGAAGAGGACAUCGACCUGCACUUGGGGGACAUACUGACGGUGAAUAAAGGGUCCUUAGUGGCGCUUGGGUUCACUGACGGACAGGAAGCCCGGCCCGAAGACAUUGGUUGGUUAAAUGGUUAUAAUGAGACUACCGGGGAGAGAGGAGACUUUCCGGGAACCUACGUUGAGUACAUUGGAAGGAAGAGAAUUUCCCCUCCCACUCCGAAGCCCCGGCCCCCUCGACCUCUUCCUGUUGCACCAGGUUCUUCAAAAACUGAAGCAGACACUGAGCAGCCAGCUCUGACCCUUCCCGAUCUGGCUGAGCAGUUCGCCCCUCCUGAUGUCGCCCCUCCUCUCCUUAUCAAGCUCCUAGAAGCCAUUGAGAAGAAAGGACUGGAAUGUUCGACUCUCUACAGAACACAGAGCUCCAGCAACCCUGCAGAACUACGUCAGCUUCUUGAUUGUGAUGCCGCCUCAGUGGACUUGGAAAUGAUUGAUGUACAAGUUUUAGCAGAUGCUUUCAAACGCUAUCUCUUGGACUUACCCAAUCCUGUCAUUCCAGUAGCUGUUUACAACGAAAUGAUGUCUUUAGCCCAAGAAGUACAAAGCUCUGAAGACUACAUCCAGCUGUUGAAGAAGCUCAUGAGGUCACCUAAUAUACCUCAUCAGUAUUGGCUUACGCUUCAGUAUUUGCUUAAGCAUUUCUUCAAGCUCUCUCAAGCCUCCAGCAAAAAUCUUCUGAAUGCAAGAGUCCUCUCUGAAAUUUUCAGCCCUGUGCUUUUCAGAUUCCCAGCAUCCAGCUCUGAUAAUACUGAACACCUCAUAAAAGUGAUAGAGAUUUUAAUCUCAACUGAAUGGAAUGAACGACAGCCAGCACCAGCACUGCCUCCCAAACCUCCCAAGCCCACUACUGUAGCCAACAACAGCAUGAACAACAAUAUGUCCUUACAGGAUGCUGAAUGGUACUGGGGAGAUAUCUCAAGGGAAGAAGUAAAUGAAAAACUCCGAGAUACAGCCGAUGGGACCUUUUUGGUACGAGAUGCAUCCACUAAAAUGCACGGCGAUUAUACUCUUACACUAAGGAAAGGAGGAAAUAACAAAUUAAUCAAAAUAUUUCACCGAGAUGGAAAAUAUGGCUUCUCUGAUCCAUUAACUUUCAACUCUGUGGUUGAACUAAUAAACCACUACCGGAACGAGUCCCUAGCUCAGUACAACCCCAAGUUGGAUGUGAAGUUACUCUACCCAGUGUCCAAAUACCAGCAGGAUCAAGUUGUCAAAGAAGAUAAUAUUGAAGCUGUAGGGAAGAAAUUACAUGAAUAUAAUACUCAAUUUCAAGAAAAAAGUCGGGAAUAUGAUAGAUUAUAUGAGGAAUAUACCCGUACGUCCCAGGAAAUUCAAAUGAAAAGAACAGCUAUUGAAGCAUUUAAUGAGACCAUAAAAAUAUUUGAAGAACAGUGCCAAACCCAGGAGCGGUACAGCAAAGAAUACAUAGAAAAGUUUAAACGUGAAGGCAACGAGAAAGAAAUUCAAAGGAUUAUGCAUAAUUACGAUAAGCUAAAGUCUCGCAUCAGUGAGAUCAUUGACAGCAGGAGGAGACUGGAGGAAGACUUGAAGAAGCAGGCGGCUGAAUAUCGUGAGAUUGACAAGCGCAUGAACAGCAUUAAGCCAGACCUCAUUCAGCUGAGAAAGACAAGAGACCAGUACUUGAUGUGGCUGACGCAGAAAGGUGUUCGGCAGAAGAAGUUGAACGAGUGGUUAGGAAAUGAAAACACGGAAGACCAAUACUCACUGGUAGAAGAUGAUGAGGACUUGCCCCACCAUGAUGAGAAGACGUGGAAUGUUGGAAGUAGCAACCGAAACAAAGCCGAGAAUCUAUUACGAGGGAAGCGAGAUGGUACUUUUCUUGUCCGGGAGAGCAGUAAGCAGGGCUGCUAUGCCUGCUCUGUAGUGGUAGACGGUGAAGUCAAGCAUUGUGUUAUCAACAAGACUGCCACGGGCUAUGGCUUUGCCGAGCCCUACAACCUGUACAGCUCCCUGAAGGAGCUGGUGCUCCAUUACCAACACACCUCCUUGGUGCAGCACAAUGACUCGCUCAACGUCACACUAGCAUACCCCGUAUAUGCACAGCAGAGGCGAUGAAGCGCGCUGCCCUCGGAUCCAGUUCCUCACCUUCAAGCCACCCGAGGCCUCUGGGAAGCCAAGGGCUCCUCUCCAGCCCGACCCGUGAACUGAGCUGCAGAAAUGAAGCCGGCUGUCUGCACAUGGGACUAGAGCUUUCUUGGACAAAAAGAAGUCGGGGAAGACAUGGCAGCCUAGGGCUGUUGGAUGACUAGACGUUUCUAACCUUAUCCUUUUUCUUUCUUUUCUUUUUUUUUUUUUUAAUUUAAAGCCACAAC